UCCUGUGUUCUGAAGGUGACAUGAAGGAGAGAGACGAAGCAUGCAGUGAUUGCUGCUUAUACACAGUUAUCCUGUUCUGAUUACCAGUUUGUAUUAUGAUCGGUUCCAGCUUCAUUAUAUAAGCAAGUUAUACCACAAAGAGCUUUCCGGUGUGUGCCUACUGAUUGAAACAUAGCUCAUGAGGUGAUCCUGACUGCGUGGGUAAAGCACCCAAAUGCCAACAGGUUAUGGGCCCAGACACAGACAAGAGGAUCCCAGUUACCAGGAGUAAAGAUUACAAGGAUCAAGGCACAACAAACAUCUCUAAGAGAUCUGCACAGCAACUCUUUAUUGAUGUCUUUAUUGGCUGGCUUGAUCGUGAACAUGAUGCUCGUGUGCUAGCCAAUUCGUAUCUGUUCAAGAUUGCGGAGGAGAGACAAAAUGGGUUGCUGUUUCCUCGUGAGAUGUCAAAGUUUGUGGACGGUGUGGAGAUACCUGUUCAUAUAAUUGGGGAUGCCGCAUACCUAUUACGGAGGUGGCUUUUAAAAGGAUACAGCCAACAGGUUCAGCUUUCACUGGAGAAUAUCCAUUACACCCAUGCCCUCAGUUCUGCCCAAAUGGUGGUGGAGAACGCAUUUGGAUGGCUGAAGGGACUUUGGCACUAUCUACUAAAGCACAAUGAUGUGGACAUUUAUUUUGUGACUGAUGUUGUUGCUGCUCGCUGUGUUCUACGCAACAUCUGUGAGAUGCAGAGGGACCAAUACCUGCCAGAGUGGGAUGUCCUGGAGGAGCCUGUUGGGAGCGAUCCUGUUCCCCUAACCACCCCCUCUUUUGGGCAAAGUGCUCAGAGUACAAAAGAAAAUUAG